AUGGAUAAAUCUUGGAUGCAUAUUGAAGAUAGAUUGCAUUCCAGUGAGUAUGCUGAAGGGGUUAGACAAUUUAUCGCUAUGGCCAUUUCCCACACUGCUAAUCCUGAUCAGAUUAGGUGUCCAUGUAGAAGAUGUCGGAAUAGAGCUUUCCACUCCAUUCGUACAAUUGAAGAUCAUUUGUUCUUUAGAGGGAUUGAUCCAUCUUAUACACCAUGGAUAUUCCAUGGAGAAGAUGAUCCAUUCCUUUCUGCCACUUUUUCUGACGAAGACGAAGAUGAUACGUUGGCUCAUAGUGAUUAUAUUGAUGAUCUCGAUGAGCUUUUAGAUGACAUCCGUCAUGGGUCAUCUAUGGAAAAUCAUAUCAUAAAUGACGGAUCGUCUUAUGCACAUGAUCAACCCUCCGCCUCUAAUGCUCCUGUCAACUCUAAUUUCGAGGACUUGGUAGCUGAUGCACGACGUCCACUCUAUCCUACAUGUACUAAGUUCUCAAAGCUAUCAUUCAUCGUCAAGCUUCUUCACAUCAAGAGCAUCGGUGGGUGGACGGUGAAGUCCUUCGAUAUGGUCUUAAAGCUCUUGCAUGAGGCAUUUCCUGAUGCCUCAUUCCCUGACUCAUAUCAUGAUGCCCGUCGCUUGGAGCGGGGAUUGGGCUUUAGUUACGAAAAGAUCCAUGUGUGCCCAAAUGAUUGUGUAUUGUUUUGGAAGGAAAAUGCAUCGUACAAUGAAUGCCCCAAGUGUAAGGCAUCUAGGUGGGAGCAAAGCACAAUUCAGGGACGAAGGAUACCACAAAAAGUACUCCGACAUUUUCCCCUUAAGCCGCGCUUGCAGAGGUUAUAUAUGUCAAAGAAGAUAGCCCAAGACAUGAGAUGGCAUGUAGAUGGACGUGUUGACGAUCCGACGUGCAUGCGACACCCAUCAGAUUCGAAGGCUUGGAAGGACUUUGAUAACAAACAUAUGGGAUUUUCCUAA